CAGGAACCCUGGACAGUGACCCGCCAGCCUUCGACGCGUAGUAGGAUCAGUCCAGACACGUUAACGAAAUGCCGCGUUUUUGGACCAGGCUCCUCGCCGCCCUUACGGCCCUCUUCGUUCUCAUUCUCGUUGCACGCUCAUACAACGUCUCUGCGCAAUUCCAGUUCUCGUGGCCUCUUGCGGUUCACCCCGACGGACAGAAUGAGGGCCUUCAGAUACCUUUGAACACGGGCAAGUCGGCGGACAUGACGAACGCGCACAAGCAAGGCCAAGCCACGAGCAUUGCUCCGGGAACUUUUAGCAGGAAAAUCGUUGCUGUCGGUGAUUUGCAUGGUGACCUGGGAAAUGCGCACAAGGUGCUCGAGAUGGCCGGGGUGGUGACUGAGGAGGGAAAGUGGUCGGGGAACGUGGACUUCUUCGUGCAGACUGGGGACAUCAUCGACAGAGGCGAUGAUACGAUCAAACUAUAUGACUGGAUGGAAGAGCUACGAGCGCAAGCUUUGGAGAAAAGCGGAAAUGUCAUCUCGCAUUUAGGCAACCACGAAUGGAUGAACGUUAUUGGUGACUGGCGUUACGUUCCACAAACGGAGAUCAAGACCUUUGGUAAUCCGGGCGCUCGCCAACAGGAGCUUAUGACCGGUCGCAUUGGAAAGCGAUGGGCGCAGAACUACUCUACGACCUCUCGUCUCCCAUUGCACCCUUCGCUUGGAGAACCGAACACCGACUAUGAUCCGUCUGAUAAAUCUCCCCUCUCGCAUGCAGCGGUGUCCUUCGUGCACGGUGGACUCUCACCGACCUAUCCGGACCUGACCCCCUUCCCCUCUAAGAUAAAUGACCUCGGCCAUUCCCUCCUGCACAAGCUGCAGCACCGUAACCCUCCGCCGGCACCACAUCCUCCUAAUCCAUAUCCUGGUCUCACCCAUGAUGCGACACCUGCGGAGCACAGAUUGUAUGAGACAAACGGACCCUUGUGGUAUAGAGGCUGGGCGUUGGAGUCCGAGCAGAAGGUCUGCGCUGCGGUUGACGCCGUCUUGCAGAAGACCGGGACCAGGCGCAUGAUCAUGGGUCAUACCCCAGAUUUUGAGAAAAUUGUUUCUAGAUGUGGCGGCAAGAUCGUGAUCAUCGACACGGGCAUCUCUCAUGCAUAUGGCGGGGUACUCGCGGCGCUGUCCAUCGAAUAUACUCUAAAGCCUUUGUCCGAGCCUAGCUCUUCUGGAGCGAAGCGUUGGACCGAACGCGAAGUCGUUACUGCUGUGUACAUGGAUCACCGAGACGUGCUUGCUGUGAAUCAGCGAGAGAUUGAGGGAUCUUUCUGAGUCGUUAAUAAUUGUUUUCGUGCAAGCUUAACUUAUUGUCUUGUCUUGUAGAUCUGAAGUACUAGUUCUGGACUUUGUACGAGGCAUUGGUUUCGGAAGCUUUGUGGCGCCGCGAUCUGUCUAUGACGUAGGCAACGGGGUUGAUCCCGAUUGGGUCAAGUUGAACGCGGAAAGGGCGAGGCUGACCGGCAGCUCCGAGAA